UUCUAGGUGAUGGAGGGGGGCAUGCUUUGGCUGGCACAUUGUCACAGGGCACUAAACUGUCUUCGGCCGAGCUGAGUCCGAAGGAAGGGGGCGUUCUGCGACCCAAUAAUAUAGCCUACGGAUGUUUUGUAUUAUUAGAGGCGGCGGCAGCUGCCCAGAACAAUGAUGCACGGAAUUUUCUCCGCCUGUCUUGUGCUCUCAAUUUCACCUGCAUUCAAAGCUUUACCUCAUCCCUUAGCCGACACGUUCGUGGUCCUCUUUCGCCGGCUGCUGUCCAUGACCUCGAGCUCAGAAAUGUUUACCAGAGUUCCCUGUACCGUCAGCGAGGACGAGUCUGAGUCCAGCGAGUCGUUUGCUUCGCUGAUCUCGGAGCCUAGAGACAAUGUCCCGACCCCCACAAGCUUGGCUGAUUUGAUUGAGGGGCAUUUAAAGACAAGCAGCUACGACAAUAAAGACUUCCUUCCCGAAGGGUUGAUCGAGCAGUUGGUCACCGAAGAGGCUGUCCGAAAACAACUGGGCUGCCCCAAGACAAGAAGAAGGAUGAAGAUUCCAUCGUCAAGUAUAUUUUUCACCAAAAGAAAUGCGCUAAGAAAGUCUUUGUGGUUGCCCUCCUCUGCGGCCUUGAAAAGAGUGACCGAAAGCUUCUCAAGGCAAUGACUUUCUGUUGGAACAACGCGCAUUCCAGCCACAUAGAGGUGGCUGUAGCAACGCAUUUAUCAGCCAGACAGGCGGCGGUGGAGGCGUAGGGGUCCCAGAUUCCAUAUAAGUGGCCUACGGCCACCUCUUUCUUCUAGAUAGACAUAGACAACAAUAACCAUCACUUGAACCA